GCGGUGUCGGAGAUAUGAACUCCAAUUCCCAGCAUGCAACUGGUUCGUAUAUGUUAAUAACGUUAUAAGGAAGUCUCGCAUGGCGAUGUUCCUAUUCUAAGAGAAGCAACGUGCGACUCAUCAAAGAAACAGCCACUGUGGAUUAUUUUACUGUUCGGUUCUUGAAAUCAGAGUUACUCUAAACAUUCCUGUUGAGCCGACUAUUAGAUCCUGUUAUUCAGACUCUACAGAAGAGGAACAGAGAAAUGAUGACUCCCCCUGAGUAUGAAUUGGAGAAAAAUAUCUGUGGAGUCCAGCAUGAGCAACAGCAGGAUGACGAGGCUGCUUGUCAGGAAGAUGGAAAUGGGGGAAACCUCUGGGACACUUUUGGGCUUCUGCAGCUUGACCUGGGUAGUGAAAGCACCAGGGACCAAUGUGCAAGAAAUGAGAAUUGUUGUUCGAGAAAUGUUUUAAGAAAACAAAGGCACUGGGAAAAAAUUGUUUCAGCAAAGAAGAGUAAAAGAAAGCUUGAGAGAGAACGGCGCAAACUGAAGCAUGCUGAAGAAAAAGGUGCUGCUCCCCAGCUCAGCAAGUGGGAUUUAAAAGUGAUGACUAAAGAGCGCCUCCUGGAAGCCAAGGAAACAGGCCCUCGGCUGUGUAUUGAUUUGAGUAUGACUAGUCACAUGACUAAGAAGGAAAUAAGCCGGCUUGCUGCUCAGAUUCGGAGGCUCUAUGGAUCAAACAAAAAGGCCCAGAGGCCCUUUUGGCUCUUCCUCACGGGGUUUAUGAGAAACAGCCCCAUUUAUGAAGCAUGCCUAAGGAUGAAUGAUGGAUUUACCAAUUACCUUAUGGAUGUUACUUCAGAAAGUUAUAUUGAUCUGUUUCCUUUAGAAACUAUUGUUUACCUCACUCCAGACUCUGAGAAUGCUCUUGAUGAAGUUGAUCCUCAAAAAGUGUACGUCCUUGGUGGGCUAGUGGAUGAAAGCAUUCAAAAGAGACUCACCUUCCAAAGGGCCCAGGAACAACGUCUGCACACAGUGCGACUACCAAUUCAGGAAUAUAUGGUUAAAAAUGCCAAUGUCAAAAACUAUCACUCUACAACCUUAGCAAUCAAUCAAGUGUUUGAUGCCUUAUCAACUUUCUAUGAGACUAAGAGUUGGGAAGAAGCCCUUAAAGCUGCCGUUUCUCCUGGAAAAGGAUAUGUCCUUCGAGAUACAACACGGUGACAAAAGGAAUCUGCAUACAAAUCUAGAGUGGGGUUGGGUGAGACUCUGUCUUCAGGGACCUAAAACUACUGGACUGAAUGUCACCACUUCUGUUUGUCAAGCUUUCUUGGAAAGGACUAAUCCAAUUGCUUGUUAAAACAUUUCUUGAUUUCUGUCAUAGUACCAUAACCGUAAGCCUUCAGUGGAAAGAACUUAUUGAUCCUCUAUAAAAAGAACACUUACUGUUAGAGCUUUCUUAGCUGAAAAGCAACUAAUAAAUGUAUUUAAUAAACAAACCUCUUCCAUCAGGUGGCCCUCUGUUAGGGGCAAGGGUUCUGACGAGGUAGCCAUCUCGCUCUGUGAGUAUACCAUGCAUGAACAUAGGAAGCUGCCUUAUACCGAGUCAAAUCAUCGAUCCAUCUCGCUCAGUAUUGUCUACACAGACUGGCAGCAGCUUCAGGGUUGCAGGCAAGAAUCUCUCUCAACCCAAUCUUGGAGAUGCCAGGGAGGGAACCUGGAACCUUCUGCAUGCAGAUGCUCUUCCAAAGUGGCGCCAUCCUCUAAGGGGAAUAUCUUAUAGUUCUAGUUCUCACACCUGUAGUCUCCCAUUCAUAUGGGAGACUCUCCGCCUAGAGCUCAGAGUCAGGCGGUAUCUAAAUUAAAUUCUUCAUCAUCAUCAUCAUCAUCAAACAGUUCAUGCUUGCUACCAUAAGACUAGCUUUCCAACAACCAGAGGGGUUGUUGCUUUAUUACCAUGGUGCCAGGGCAGAUCUUAUCUAUAGGCAAAGUGGGUAGCACUCACCUUAAAUUUUUCAGUCAGCCAUGUUGACUCUGCCUAACUCUGUUGUUCUCUGCUGCUCUAGCCUGCAGCCUGCUGCUGCUUUAAGAACUGAGGUGGGUGAUGGCAGCAAAGAAAAACUGAAAAGCCCCAGAUCUUUUAAAAUAUUAAUAAGGCAGGAGCCAAUAAGGGUGGGGACUCCUGUUAUUCCCCCAUUGUCAUGGACAGACUACCAUCUGGUCAAGGUAGGACUUGCAAUCACAACCCACCUCUGUAGGGAUGAAGAACCCUUAGAUUGGUCUGCCUGAGAAGGUUAUAGGAUCCAAUGGGACUCCAAGAAGCCUUGGAAGAGUUUCAAGGUGGCUCCAUUGAUGAUUCUGUCAAUGCUCUGGUGCAAAUUUGAAAUAACGAAAUCACUAGGGCAGUAGAUACAAUCUAAGCAUCUUCUCUGACCUGCUUCAAAAUUAGCCCUGGGGUAUUUGGAAGAAUUAUGGGAGCUGAGGCGGUGAGGUAAUCGACUCCAGAAAAGUAAAAGACUGCAGAAGCAGCCUUGUGUAGCUAGUCUGUCCUUUUACUUGUGGCUUGUAUGUACGUGUGUAUGUGUCUUGUUCCUGUUGUGUUAAAUACAAAUCUACAUCCUACUUUAGUCCUGUUAAGCACUAUAAAACAACUGAUGUUUUCCAUAUUUCUCUGUAUCUCUGCUGAUGAGCUAGGUAGGUAGGUAGGUGUGUGUGUGUUUGUAGUUUGAUCCCACUUGUUAGCUACAAGUCUGCACUUUGCCAGUUAUUGCUAAGACACCAUCCUAGUCCAUGGCUCUGCCUCCACAGCUGCCCCCAAUUGGCUGCACCUCUCAUUACCUGUGGCUCCACCUGUCAUCUGCCCUGCCUUGCCUGCCCACCCAUCCUCCACGGUCCCAGGAACCACCAGCUGCCAGUGCCAUGGUGGAAUGGCAUUUUUUUGUACCUCCCCAAUUCAUCUGAGAAACGAAACAAGGAAAGGACCCUCUGCUUUUCAUAACAGAGCAGGCUACACUGGGGGCAGGUGGGGGAACAUGUUCAAAUAACAGUCUUGCAUUAAAGCAUGUAUCUUAAAUGAGAUGUUGGCCUUCCCUCAGAUCUAUUUAAGAGUCUUCCUUUUUCAAAGUGCAGGCAGGGUAAAACACCUCACCUCAGAUGGCAGGUUUGGGAACACUAUUAAAAAUGGUUCAAAUAUUUUGUUUUUUAUAACUUUUUUUUUAUAACCAUGGCAUCAAAAUGUUAAGGUAGGGCAGGGGUUCCCAACUUGUAGUACUCUACAUAUUGCUGAUAUACAACUCCCAUCAUUCCCAGCCACAAUAAAUUAGUUCAGCAUCAAUACUACAGGUUGGGAACCCCUGGUGUAGGCUAGCAGGGUGUGGGAGCAGGAGUGGCCAGGAGUGCUUUUUAUCAGCUUCAGCUGAUACACCAGAUAUGUCCAUUUGUGGAGACAAAUGACCUUAAAGUGGCGGUACGUAUGCUGGUAACCUCUACAUGGGCUGCCUUUGUAUGUAGUUCGGAAACUACAAUUGGUACAGAAUGUGGCAGCCAGUUUGGUCUCUGGGUUUACCUGAAGGGACUAUAUAACACCGAUUCUAAAAGAACUGCACUGGCCGCCGAUACGUUUCUGAACAAAAUACAAAGUGCUGGUUAUUACCUAUAAAAUCCUUACCAGCUUAGGUCCAGGGUACUUAAGAAAGCACCCUCUCUGUCAUGAACCCUGUUGCCCAUUAAGAUCACCUGGAGAGAUCUGGUUAUGGUUGCCGCCAACUUUGGAAUGUGAUCCCUGCUGAGCAUCUUCUUCUGUUUGCUUUUAGGAAGACCCUGAAGACAUACCUGUUUCCCAGGCUUUUAACUGAAUUUUAAACUUUCAGGUGUUUAUCUAGUGACUUAACUGUUUUUAUGAAUUUUAUAUUAUGUUAAUUUGUACACUGCCUAGAGAUUUAUAUAUUAGAUGGUAUAGAAAUUAAAUAAAUAAAACAAAUACUUGGCAUACUGGCAGACAAAACUGUAGGGGAUAUGUGAAUGAGCUAAAUGGCCAGUACAUACUCCACUUUCUCUUCCAAAUGACAGUCUCUGGCUAGUACAGGCCAAGAUCGUACUAGCAAUGGCCAACGGGGAUUGGCUUAUGUCCAACAUGGGCUUGGGACACACAGAAUGCCGCCACACACGAAUUUCCUUAUGAUCGCAUAAGGAAAAUAGGCUAAAAAUGCAGAGCUGGGGGCCUCUAAGGAGAGAGCUUUAUUGUAUCAAAGAGAGGACUUUUCUGUUUGGCCUUGAAUGUUCAGGAAACUAUGAGUUGCUUUCUUUCAUGCUCUCAGUCCCUUGUGUGGAGAACAUAUAUUAGCUUCAGCUUCUUAAGAAAUGGCAAAAACAAAGAAUAUUUUCAGAAAUCAAGUCUACUGAUGGAUCUCCUAGUUAUACAAAGCAGUUUGUAAGAAGUUCACAUUGUAAUCUUGUGGAUCUUUUUCUCCCUUUAUUACUAUGUAAACUCUGAUUUCAUAUUAAAUAAAUUAUUGUGAUCCUG